CCUCUUAGAAUAUUCUAUAUGAGUACGACUUUGACAUAUAAAGAGGAAAAAGAAGCCUGGGUCUCCAACUGCACAGGAGGUUCCUUAUUUGAAGUGAAUUUCAUUGCGUCUUCAUGUGUGGUUUCUCAUGUUUUAUGGCUAGCAUUAGUUAAAUCAAAAAUGAUAAAUGUUGAUACAUUUACUGCUCAGUUUCUUAUCUAUGUUAUUCCAGCGAUCUUGAUUCAAACUAUUUUGGCGGACCAAGUCAUUCAAGUAUUACUCGGAAUGUUAUGCUUAGCGUUGAACGUUAUUUAUCGGUCAGAAAAUUACCGUGAAAUUACUUCUCUACAACAAAGACUUGAUCAUAGUAUGGUAGCUAAAGAAAAGAAGAAGGAAGAUAAAAAAUCAUCAUCAUCAUCAUCAUCGUCGUCGUUAUCAUCCUACAAGACAUAUCUGACUGUAUAUCGAGCUGCCACUAUGAUUUUAACAUGCAUUGCUAUUUUAGCAGUUGAUUUCCCUGUGUUUCCUCGACGAUUUGCCAAAGUAGAGACUUUUGGCACGUCAUUAAUGGAUGUAGGCGUUGGAUCAUUUGUAUUUUCAUCCGGAGUUGUGGCGUCAAGAGCUUAUUCACAACAAAAUGCCCAGCAAACGUUGCUUCAUCGAAUGACGAAUGCAUGUCGAUCCUGCUUGCCUUUACUUCUUUUAGGUGGCAUACGUCUUUUAUUAACCAGAAGUGUGGAUUAUCAAUUGCAUAACUCGGAAUAUGGACUUCAUUGGAACUUUUUUAUGACUCUUGGUUUAUUGCCUCCAUUUGUUACACUCAUCACGUCAUUGAAAAAUAAGGUACCAUUUUCAUAUCUAGGAUGGGGAAUUGUGAUUGGAUAUCAAUACCUUCUACAUCAGCAAGGAUUGCAAACAUGGGUUUUAGAAGCACCUCGUGUUGAUCUCUUAAGUGCUAAUAAGGAAGGCAUCUGCAGUUUCAUGGGAUAUUUAGCCAUCUUUCUUUUUGGUCUUGAUGUUGGUUGUGCUGUGUUUGAUUUAUCGCCGUCUAAACAACUUCCAAUUAUAUCAUCAUCAUCAUCAUCAUCCGUUGCUAUUCAGUUAACUGUAAAAAGUAUUCUUUAUUGGAUCAUUUUUGGUACUUGGCUAUUUUUCACUCAAAAUGAUUCUUCUAGUCAAGUGUCUAGACGAUUGGCCAAUUUACCUUACGUCAUUUGGGUAAUCUCUUUUAAUUUGACUUUAUUGACAUUAUUAAUUUGGGUGGAACAAUGGAUGAAUGUUAAAAAUAAGGGACCACAAUUAUUGAAUGAUAUCAAUCUAAAUGGUCUUGCUACUUUUUUGCUUGCAAAUCUGAUGACAGGUGCAGUGAAUUUGAUGAUGAAGACAUUAUAUGCCUCCUCAUUGACAAGUAUGAUGAUCCUUUGUAUUUAUAUGAUGGUGACUAGCAUCAUCCCUUGGUUAUUGCGGAUUUACCAAAUCCGAAUCAAACUCUGAAAUUGAAAAAAAAAAUUUCUUGUUUACCUUCGAAAACAUUUUACUCUUUUUGUUUUUUUUUUUUUUCUUAUAC